AGGACCGGCGGGGCGGCCAUGGGGCUGCUGCGGACGGCGGCUGUGCGGGAUGGCGGCGCCGCGCUGCCUCACGGCUUCUGGGCGGCGGUGCGCGUCUGGCUGGAGAAGCCGCAGGUGGCCAACAGGCGGCUGUGCGGCGCCGCCAUCGAGGCGGAGGGGACGGUGCCGCUCGGGGAGGGCGGGGAAGCAUCUCCCCCCCUCGCCGCCGUGCGGGGAGGCGGGAGCGGCGGGGGGCGGGAGGCGCGAGCGGCGUCUGCCGGCGCUGCGGAGCUGGGCCGGCUCUGGCGGGAGGUGCGCGGCCAGCUGCCGGCGGGGCACGGGCACUUGCCGCCGCCCCUCACGGCCUGGGGCGGGCCGGGCCGCCGCUCCGAGCUCCGCGCCGUGCUGAGGACGCUGCUGCCCCGGGGGCGGCCCGGCGGCCCGCCCGCCCCGCCGACGAAGGAGCUGGCGGUCCAAGAUGUUUACAAUGGAACUGUGACUUUUCUGCCUUUGGAGGAAAACAGUGAAGGAAAAUACCAGAUUAAAAAGUGCAAUAUUUAUCAAAUUCAACUUACGCACGUAAAAGAUGAGGAAUGGUCUCUGUCUAUUGUAGCUCCAUUUCCAGAAGAUUGGUUUUCAGAUGGAAUUGCAUACCCCAAACUAGCAUGGCUUGGAAAUGAACUUUUGUCCAAACUGGCUAAAUGGUCUGUAGAGCAAAAGCCUAGUGAGUUUAAAAGUACACUCUCGCUCAUUUCUGUAGCAAAAUACAGCAAGGUUUAUCAAAAUCUUAAAGAAAAAUACAAAGAGAUGGUAAAGGUGUGGCCUGAAGUGACAGACCCUGAGAAAUUUGUUUAUGAAGAUGUUGCCAUUGCCACUUACUUGCUGAUUCUUUGGGAAGAAGAGAGAAAGGAAAAAGGGUUGACCAAGAAGCAGUCAUUUGUAGAUCUUGGAUGUGGAAAUGGUCUGCUGGUUCAUAUUCUAAACAAUGAAGGGCAUCCAGGUAGAGGAAUUGAUGUGAGGAGAAGAAAAAUAUGGGACAUGUAUGGACCAGAAACUCAUUUAGAGGAGUCUACAAUCAUGCCAGGUGACAGUCAUCUCUUUCCAGAUACUGACUGGCUCAUAGGAAACCAUUCAGAUGAAUUAACACCAUGGAUACCUGUAAUUGCAGCUAGGUCUUCCUAUUCAUGCUGCUACUUUGUGCUGCCAUGUUGCUUCUUUGAUUUUCAUGGAAAAUACAGCCGAAGACAAAGCAAGAAAACUCAGUACAGAGAGUAUCUUGAUUUUGUUGCCGAAGUGGGAUCUGUAUGCGGCUUUCACGUGGAAGAAGAUUGCCUUAGAAUUCCAUCAACAAAAAGGGUAAGCCUUAUUGGAAAAAACAGGAUCUAUCCACCUGCAGAAUGUGCUCUGAUUGACAAGCAGAUAACACAGUAUAUUAAUAAUCGUCAGACCUGUGCUGUGGUCAUGUGUGACAGAAGAGUUGGAUUUAAUCAUAAGGAUCACUCUGAUGGUUUACGCAAAGAAGCAGGCUCAGAACUUCCUGAAAAUGAGACUGCUGGUACAACUUGGAUGCCUGGAUUUCAACCCAGAGAAAAAGUAGUACAAAUCAGAAACUGUGCUUCCCUCCCUCGAGAUUUUGUAGAUGAUGUGGUUCUCAAUGUGGCAAACUUGCUGUUAAAUGCAACCCCCCCAAAAUCAUGUUCUAAUAUGCAUGGUGGAAAUACAAAUAUCUGGAAUCAAGGAGAAAGCCUUUCUUUGAAAGAAGUAGCAGAACAUUUAAAUAAAGAGACUUUAAAAAGGCUAAAGAGUGAAUAUGGAGGCCUGCAGACACUACUCAAGAACAAUCAUCAAGUAUUCGAAGUUCUAAAUGGGAGAGUUCAUAUUCGUGACUGGAGAAAAGAGAAACCAUCAAGGAAAACUAAGCCUGAAGUGAAACGACACCUUUCAGCUGAAGCAUUUAAAACACGGCUCUGUUGGUUUUUCAUUCAUCAUCCUGAUGGUUGUUCUUUGCCUUCUGAAUCUUGCCCAUAUGCUCAUGGGACUGAGGACCUAAGGCAGUCUCAGGUUAUUAAAAAGAAAAAACAUCUACAGUAAUAAAAGGCUGCCACUUAAAUGUUUAUGCUUGUGUACAUAACUAAAUCUAUGAUUGACUUCGGGACUGCCUGAUGCAUGAAGAUCUGUACAAUAAUAUGGAGGGGUUUUCCUCAUUCCUAUGCAUCAUAUUUUCCGGUUGGUUUACAAGUUCUCCUGUAUUUUUAAUUCUUUGAUUUUGUUAUUAACAUGCAAAAGGUAUAGUAAAGUAUGUAUAUACUUCUGGA